AUGGCCAAUGUCUCCGCUGUUAGUAUACUUGGUAUAACAGUGUUUGCCAAGAAUCUAAGGAAUAUGAACCUAGAGAACCACUUUGAGAUUCCCGAGAAGCAUCUGCUGCUGGAGAAAUCAAAGAAUAUAAUGCACCCAACCUUCCAUGAGUAA